AUGCACGAAAUCUACCGAUACGCUGUCAUGACUAUUGUAGCCGCUGACGGAGACAAUUGUUCAAAUGGGUUGCCUGGAGUUACAAUUGGAACAGAAAGGCUGCACAAACAUCGCCGAUAUGAACUGCCUGGGCUGUGCCUCAUGAAAGUUUCGGCCAGCACCAAGCAUGGGAUAGAGACAUCCCCGUGGAGGGCACGAGGGUGGACAUUCCAGGAGGAGCUCUGCUCACGAAGGACACUAGUCCUCCUUCCGGAAGUCAUGUUCUUCUCCUGCGCUUCGGUGGUAUGGAGAGAAGAUCUCCGGCUAGAAACUAGGGACCCGAUUCCCAGAUCAGAGGAAGGACUUGUAUCGCUGGCUUCCAUACUCGACCAAAAAACUGCUGCGGAUGGCAAGGAUUUGCUUCUGCUCUUCCGGGACCUUGUGAAGCGAUACAUGCAGCGCACGCUCAGCAGAAUCGACGACAUGGAAAACGCUUUUGCUGGUGUGGCCGGCAUUCUCGAGCCGUUGCUCGGGCCAGCUUACCAUGGAAUUCCGGAGAGGAUGUUCGUUGAAGUGAUCCAUGGCUGCUGGUUCUGGGACACCAGCCUUCAACGCCGGGUAGGAUUUCCUUCGUGGUCUUGGACUGGCUGGAUUUACAGCCAUGAGCAAGCUGAUGUCGGCAUCCAACCGUUGAUUACUGGCUGGAACAUGAGCCAGCUCCUGACAUUUUACAAGGUCUCAUCCUCCAGCAUCGAACUCCUCGGCCAGUCACGCCCGGCUGGAUUUCUGGGCAGUGACUUCCUGCCGCGGAUGGAUGUCGAACUUCGAAGCCACUUCAUUCCCUAUGAAGAGCACAUCAAGUCGAAAAAUAAGUCUCUAGAACACCAAGGAGAUUGCUCGACCGGUCUGAUUGCGUUCUAUACUAGCGUUGCAUAUCUCAGACUCCGUACGCCGCCAGGUGACUUUGUGGGUUCAUCGCGCGAGUAUCGUGUCUUCCACCCCCAGACCAAUCAGCAACUCACAAAUAUACGCCUCAACGUCGCCUAUGUGGCUCAAAGGGGUACCUUUCUACCGUUCAUUGUGGUCUACCACGACCCGAACAACAGGUCUUUCCGAUUAAUGCUUAUCUCCAUUGACGGGAACAUAGCCGAGAGAGUGAACGCCACAGCACAAGGACGUCUCGUCAAAGAAGUCGACUGGAAGAGCGCGAAUCCUAAGAAAGAGUUGAUCAUCAUGUCAUGA